AUGCCUGAGGCGCAAUCACCUUCGUCCCUCCCCAAACCCCGCCGCAUCGUGACUGGCCACAACGAAGAAGGCGUCGCAACCGUUAAACACGACUCAUACCUCGAUAUUCAACCUUACGGCGAUGGCACCAACCUGACACCAUUCUGGUACACAAACGAACAGCCGGCGGAUGUCAGUAGUCCUCAGGACAAAGCCUUUCUAGAACCAGCCAUGCCACUGCUGGGAUCAGGCUUUACUGCCUACGAUCUACCUCCCAAGUCUGAGGGGCUUUUCCAUCGCACAAUUACUCUGGACCAUGUCAUCGUUGUACAAGGAUCUUUGAUUCUUGGAUUGGAAGAUGGGUCCAGAAUCAAGUUGAAUGAGGGUGACGUGGUGGUACAGCAAGCAACCAUGCACAAUUGGAGUAACGUUACUACAGAAUGGGCACGAAUAUAUGGGAUCAUGUUUCCAGCGCGAGCGCCAAGUGUCAUUGGGAAAACAUUAGAAACAGUUUGGCCUUUAUAA